GUGAUUUUGAGUGAGAUCAAAUGGUUGAUUUUCCACACAGGAUCGACGGACUGAGGCACAGCGUGAAAACUUUUUCCUGUGGGGCGGUGAGCUCUUCAGAAGAAAUCCGCUCAUAUUUUGCGCGGAAGAAAAGAAAAAAGUUUGGUCAACGUAACAUCGGCUUGGACAAAUCUGGACAAAAUAGGUCUUGAUUUUAUAUACAGAAAGGUGUAUGUUUUCUGUCGACUCUGCAAGGCAAUUAAUGUCUUUUCAAUAUUAUUGAAGAAGGCGAUUUCGGACACAGCCCUACUGUUUGACAUGUCCAGACACGUGAAGACACUCUCCACCAUGUGAUGUUUUUCUUGUCACUAAAAAAUAACGAACUAGUAAUAAAGAGAAAGGGAGGCGACGCUUCACUUUUGGUGUAGAGUAGACACAACGUAAGUGUAGUGGAGUAGGCGGGGUGAGACUGUGGUUCGAGUCCGGUGAGUAAUUGUGAAUAAGCGCCAGCUAAUAUUUAUAUUAAAACUUGUUUAAAUGUUUGCCGGUUCCCGACUCCUUCCUUCCCUUUUAUGGAGAGUGUUUUACAUUGGUGCCGAAACCCGGGAGGAAGGAGAGACAUACUGUCGGAGAGCCCUCGCUGCUGAGGGGCAUUGCGCCGCUGAGGAGUUCGGGCAGCGCGGACGAGCGACGUCCGCCAGUGGCUGCCCGAGGCGGUGGUUCUGGAGCGAGGAUUCGGCUGGGAUUGAGAGCUCGCUGCCGUGCUCCUGGGCCGAGGUGGGGUGGCGGCCGUCCAAGAGGGAGCGGAGGAGUCAGCGCCGUUGGCCGUGAGCCGGAAUCCUGCUGCCAACAGCCAUGAUGAAUUGCCAUAAGGGGGAUGGCAGCUGUAGCGCCGGACCCCUGGAGCAGGAAGGAAUGACGUAGAAGGCCAGAAGCCCCAGACCCUGCAGUGUUUGACCCAGAAUGGAGCUGAAGGUGUGGGUGGAUGGAGUUCAGCGCGUGGUCUGCGGUGUCACAGAGGCCACUACUUGCCAGGAAGUGGUCAUCGCUCUAGCUCAGGCUAUUGGUCGUACAGGACGCUACACGCUAAUUGAAAAAUGGAGAGAGACCGAACGCCAUCUCGUUCCGCACGAGAGUCCCGUCGCUUCCCUAAACACCUGGGGGCAGUAUGCCGGCGACGUGCAGUUUAUCCUGCACCGCACAGGCCCCUCCCUCAAUGAGUACCCCUCAACCGAGGGUCUUGCCCCUCGGGCCCCGGAGCGCGGCUUGCAUCGGCAGAGCCUCCCGUUGAUGGCCAAGCUCCGAGCUCCAGGUGACCGUUCGCUCCGUCGACGCGAGCCACGCCGCAAAUCUCUGACCUUCACCGGUGUGCCCCGCAGCCUUAGGGACAUCCUCAGCGGAGGCAGGCUCAGCGACAGUAGCACCAGACACCGAGUGGUUUUAGUAAACGGCGUCCAGACUCCACCAUCCAUGUCCCCUCGGUUGUCUGGCAGCCGCAUGGAGGAUCUCACCCAGCUGGUGAGGCUGCAGAGAGAGACCCUUACAGUUCUAGAUCACAGGAUGGAGGAGUACGAGGCAGAACUUCGCAUGUUGAACGAGAUGAGAAUUAGAGGCAGGGACGACGAUACGUUUGUGAAGGUGAGGGAGGAAGUUUCGAGUAUGGAGAAGCAGGUGCGCAGGAACGAGGUGGAGGUCGAGGAAGAGGAAUUCUGGGCCACCGAGCUUCAGAUCGAAGGGGAGAGCGAGAGGCAGCUGGAGGAGCGGCUGCAGGAGCUGCACGAUCGGUUGCGCAGCUGCGAGGCGGAUCUGGGACAGCGGCUUAUGUCCCUGCAGGGUGUACAGGCGGGGUUGGAGGUUCAAAGGCAGCAUAAAGAGAUCAGAGAGACCCAGCAGGCCAGUGAAGGUGAAGCGAAGGCAAGGAUUCAGAGGGUGAAAGCUGAACUUAAGGCUCAAGCUCAGCACACGGCGCAGCUUGAGAACAGCUGUCGAGCAGUGGACAGAUCCCUGACAGAGUCAUGCAAGAGACUGCAGGAGACCCAGCACGAGCUGGAACAGUUGACCAAAGAGUUGAGACAGGUGAACCUACAGCAGUUCAUUCAGCAGACAGGCACCAAAGUCACAGUUCUGCCUGUGGAGCCCAGUGACGAAGACUCAAACAAUACAACAGAGAACAGAGAUUUCGCUGCAUUAACUGGCUCACUGAAACGUCCGGGUUCGUCUCACCCUGUGGUCGGCAGCAUUCAUGGAUUGCCGCGUCCCAUCUCCUCAGCUUUAAAUCCUGAAGGCAUCUAUGUGUAAGGACCUCAGUUAAUAGCAGAAGUUCAGCUUUCCACAGAUGUCAGUGGAUUUCUUUGUUAACCUUUACAAGUAAAAGAACUAUAGUAACCGAUACUGCAUGAAGUAUUGUACUGUGGUAAUGGACAGUACUUUUUCAAAGCCAUUCACCUUGACAAUACUUGAUCGGCUGUUCAACACAAUGAGCUGGAUAGCAUUUUAAAUCUAGGCAUAAAAUAUGAUGGUUUUGAUACGUAUAGUGUUUACUACAGCUGGAUGAAGGAUGAAUUAAGAAUAUAAAUAUAUAUUUUUUUAAUCUCAUUUCAUUAUUAUUUUAGCCUGUGUCUGUAAGAAUGUGCAGCUUUUAAAUUUGUAUUAUGAUGAGAUUUCAUACCAGCGAUAUUUCAUAUUUUAUGUUGUGGUUGGUUUGUUGCCUCAUUUUGUCAUCUAUCAAUCAGUGUUUUACAAUGAUGAGCCAAAGAUAAUCAAAGAUCUUAUUUUAGGUACAUAAGUGACCACAUGCACGCAGCAAAAUGUCUGAAUGCUCCUUGCUUUAUUUGCCAAGCAUGUUGUUGCUGAUUUAAGGAUUAUGCAUAAAAUGUUACUGGCAUGAACAAAUGCAGAUGUAGUAUUGCUUGAAUUGUAUUCUUUAUUUUAAUCUUGUUGCUAUACAUUUGUACAUAUUGUGUUUUAGCCAAAGAAUGACUUGAAAAGUCUUUAGCUCACAUAACAUAAGCAGUGCCUUACAAAAGUUCAACUGAAGCCAUGUUAGGAUUGUUUAAUAAUUGUGCAUUUUAACUCCAGUGUAUAUAUAUAUAAAUCUGUUAUCAUAUUGUGUGCUAUUGCUCAUAUGUCACUGAUUUGUACUUACAGUUGCAUUUUAUUUCAGUAGCUUUUACAGGUAUUCAAACAUGUUUUAAUUGUUUUUAACAUUGCUAAUGGUAUAAUUAGUAAUGUUAACUCCGUACCAUUAUUCUUUGUCAAGACACCAGUAUAUAACCCCCCACCCCAGUAAAAAAAAUCAUUCAUAGAAGUUAUAUGCACAGCUGUAUAUGUUACCAUAGUGCUGUGAACCACCAUUAAACCAAAAUAACCAUG